GCGAGAGGCGGCUCCGAGCGCAGGAGCAGGCCCGGCUGACUGCUGACUGGUGAGAUCCGCUACACGGGGCGCGCCAGCCCGCGGCAGCUCCGGGACCCAACAUGCGCCGCUCGGUCUGGCUGGCGCUGGCCGCGUCGCUCCUGAACGUGUCCCUGCAAGGCGAGUUCCAGAGGAAGCUUUACAAGGAGCUGGUCAAGAACUACAACCCUUUGGAGAGGCCCGUGGCCAACGACUCGCAGCCGCUCACAGUCUACUUCUCCCUGAGCCUCCUGCAGAUCAUGGACGUGGACGAGAAGAACCAAGUUUUAACCACCAACAUCUGGCUGCAGAUGUCUUGGACAGAUCACUAUUUGCAGUGGAACACGUCGGAAUACCCGGGCGUCAAGACCGUGCGCUUCCCGGACGGCCAGAUUUGGAAGCCAGACAUCCUCCUGUAUAACAGUGCCGAUGAGCGAUUUGACGCCACGUUCCACACCAAUGUGUUGGUGAAUUCUUCCGGGCAUUGCCAGUACCUCCCUCCAGGCAUCUUCAAGAGCUCCUGCUACAUCGACGUGCGCUGGUUCCCCUUCGACGUGCAGCAGUGCACGCUAAAGUUCGGGUCCUGGUCCUACGGCGGCUGGUCCUUGGACCUCCAGAUGCAGGAGGCGGACACCAGCGGCUACAUCCCCAACGGAGAGUGGGACCUCAUAGGCAUCCCGGGCAAGCGGAGCGAGAAGUUCUACGAGUGCUGUAAAGAGCCGUACCCGGACGUCACCUUCACCGUGACCAUCCGCCGCCGGACCCUCUACUACGGCCUCAACCUGCUCAUCCCCUGUGUGCUCAUCUCUGCCCUGGCCCUCCUGGUCUUCCUGCUCCCGGCAGACUCCGGGGAGAAGAUCUCCCUUGGGAUAACAGUUUUGCUCUCGCUCACCGUCUUCAUGCUGUUGGUGGCUGAGAUCAUGCCUGCGACAUCCGACUCGGUGCCCUUGAUAGCCCAGUACUUCGCCAGCACCAUGAUCAUCGUGGGCCUGUCUGUGGUCGUCACCGUCAUCGUGCUGCAGUACCACCACCACGACCCCGACGGCGGCAAGAUGCCCAAGUGGACCAGGAUCAUCCUCCUGAACUGGUGCGCCUGGUUCCUGCGCAUGAAGCGGCCGGGCGAGGACAAGGUGCGCCCAGCGUGCCAGCACAAGCCGCGCCGCUGCAGCCUGGCCAGCGUGGAGAUGAGCGCGGUGGCAGGGCCGCCGGCCUCCAACGGCAACCUGCUCUACAUCGGCUUCCGCGGCCUGGACGGAAUGCACUGCGCCCCCACGCCGGACUCCGGGGUCGUGUGCGGCCGCCUGGCCUGCUCCCCGGCGCACGCGCAUGACGAGCACCUCCUGCACGGCGGGCCGCCCUCCGAGGGGGACCCGGAGCUCUCCAAGAUCCUGGAGGAGGUGCGCUACAUCGCCAACCGCUUCCGCGGCCAGGAUGAGAGCGAGGCAGUGUGCAGCGAGUGGAAGUUCGCCGCCUGCGUGGUGGACCGCCUGUGCCUCAUGGCCUUCUCCGUCUUCACCAUCAUCUGCACCAUCGGCAUCCUCAUGUCGGCGCCCAACUUCGUGGAGGCUGUGUCCAAAGACUUUGCUUGACCAGCCUGGCUCCCAGGGGGCAGGACACACAUGCACAGGCUGGCGGUGACCUGGCCUCGGGGGGUGGGUAAUCACUGGAUCACCCUCAGAUGCGUCGGUUCCAGUCUCCUUGUCACUUUCAGGAGAAGGAUGUGGGCGAGUUUCUGUGUCAUCUUUUCAGAGGAGCUGCUGGCUGUCCUUGGAACAGCCUCCUGGUCAGCGGGGCCCCUAGAAGGUCCUUCUGCCCGUCCCUGCUUCCUGGGGAGCCCAGCUGGGAGGCGGGGUGGCCAAAACGGCCAGCCAGGGGGGCCUUCACGGCUGGUUUUGCAUGCCUGCAUGUCACUUGCGUGACAGUUCCACGUCUGCUUUAGCCUGUGCGCACACCUAGAUUGGUUCUACUUCCAGUGACGAUGAACCCCACUCACCAAAUCCAUUCCAAUAGCUGGUUGGUGAAAGGACACAGGCCUCAACCAAACUGAAGCUAAACACUGAUGGCUGAUUUUUCUACAGCUCAGAUUUCAUGUACCAAGACAGUUGGUAGAAGUAGUUUUAUGCUGUUUCAAUGUUUUAAAAAGAGAGAAAGACAUAGCUGACCUUGUAAAGGAUCUUCUUACCGGCUCAGUUUCUGCCACCCAGCCUCAUCUAGGGAGGACGGGACUGGUCAAGCCAGGGGGGUUUCUCUAGAGUCCAGGCAAGCCCCCCUGCUCCGGCGUGCUGCCCCCAACAUAGGGGGCAAGUGAUCUGCUCUGCCCUGCAGAACCCAGAGGGCGGGGGAGUUCUAUCAGAAUUACCAGCCCAGCCCUAGCAGGUGGGGCUCAUUCGGUUGGAGUGUCAUCCCGUAACCAGGGAGUUGAGGGUUCAAUUCCCAGUUAAGGAACACACCUGGGUUGUG